GAUACUGUUCAGUAUAUUAGGAUAUAUAGAGAUAACUUCGCACUUGUUACCUAGCGAUAGUCCGAUUAUAUGUUCAUUGUCAGUACAAUAUAAUAUGUGACCACGGGACACUGUUUAAGAAAUGGCCCCAGAUAAAUCGUCAUGGUUGAAUCUACGCUUCGUAGAGAAGAUUCUACGAAAGUCGGAAAGUGACAAUUCAAUUCAGAUAAUCGAUAUAUUCUCGAAACCGGCCAUGAGUAAAGGUGACAACUACAGCAGCGACAUAAUCAGAAUCACUGUCGAAUUCUCGCGUGACCAAGGCGGCCGCAAGAUUACAGAGAAAAACUCAAUCAUCGUCAAAAUCUCGCCUACAAUCAAAGGUGGACAUAAACUUGUAAGUUGAUUUAACUUAUAGAAU